AUGGCUGUUCAUACUAAACAUGCAUUUCCCCUAAAAUUUUUAAACUUCAUCCGAUCUAAAAACUCUCCCUUUCACUUGUUCAUCUUUCUGAUUGGAUUGUCAAUAGGUUUCUAUUGCGCAUUCUAUCUUGAAAACUUCUCAACUAUCCUUCAAACAUCAAUCUUUUCGGUUUUACAUGCAUUAUCAAUACCAACACAACCAAUAUCCUCAGCGUUAAUAUUAUCGCCGUCGCCACAACCAUCACUAUCAUUACCAAAUGAACAAAUACCAUUGAUGCAUAAUAUGAGUGAUGAAGAUUUGGUAAAGAGUGCAAUGAAAAUUGCGACAAUGAGUGUCCCUAAUACUGCACCUUAUAAGGUAGCAUUUAUGUUCUUGACAUCAGGGCCACUACCACUUUCACCCUUGUGGGAAUUGUUCUUUAAAGGGCAUGAAAGUCUAUACUCCAUUUACAUCCACCCUCAUCCUUCUUACAAUGAUACCUUCCCCAAAGAUUCUAUCUUUUAUGGCCGGAGAAUUACGAGUCAGCCUGUGUAUUGGGGUGACAUUUCAAUGGUGGAUGCUGAAAGACGACUGCUUGCGAAUGCUCUCCUUGACCCUUCAAAUCAAAGAUUUGUGCUACUAUCCGAGUCUUGCAUUCCCUUAUUUAACUUCUCGACAACAUACAAUUAUCUUGUAAACUCGAACUUAAGCUUCAUAAACUCUUUUGAUGACCCACGAAAGUCAGGACGUGGUCGCUAUAAUCCACAGAUGUAUCCCAACAUUACCGUCCAAGAAUGGCGAAAAGGGUCUCAAUGGUUUGAAGUUAAUCGCGAUCUUGCUCUAGGAAUUAUUGCCGAACAAAAAUACUAUCGUGUCUUCAAGGAAUAUUGCCAUCCAGCAUGUUAUAAUGACGAACAUUAUUUGCCAACAAUGGUAAACAUUUUGUAUCCGAAAAUGAACUCAAACCGGAGUAUUACUUAUGUCGAUUGGUCAAUAUCAGGUCCGCAUCCAAGAAAGUUUUGGAGGAACCACAUUACGGAAGAAUUUUUAAACUCAAUUCGAUUUGGUUCAACAGAAUGCGUUUAUAACAAUAACAUGACACCUAUGUGUGUUUUAUUUGCUAGAAAGUUUGCACCAAAUACUUUGAUUCCCUUGUUAGAGUUUGCUCCUAAGUUGUUUGGUUUUAAUCCUUAAAAAAAUUUAGCUUGAA